AAGAUUUACUUCUACGUAUGCAUAUGUAUUAGAAUACAGUCGCAAUUACUUAAUUUGGCGAACGAGGAAUUUCCCAGAUAAAUAAAUGUGCCCAUGAAGCGUAGUCACAUAUGUAUGGGUUUAAUGGGUAUAUUAUAUGUAUAGGCGUACAUUUUGCUCUAUUAUUAAUAUUACCAAUGCAAAUUUGCUAGUCUUAAAGGUACCAAAAUGAGUACCUGCAUUUCAUUUGGUAAAUAUAUACUUAUCUAUGUACAUAAUAUGUAUUUGUAUAUCAAGUGAGAUACAGGUACGCAUAUUAAUGAAAUAAUUACUAUUUCAUCAAUAUGCGUACAGUAGGACGUCUGCAUCUCUACAUGAAUCCUGUUGAAUUAAGACCUGUUUCGAUCAUAUCUGGAUCUGGAAUUGACAACCCAAAACCUUCAACCAGAUUAUGGAAUAUUAAUUAGGUGACAUUUUACAUAUUGUCACCUAACAAUUUGUUGGGAUUUUCAAUACCUAAUCAACACGGUUUCGUCGCAAAAGCCUGAAUUGAAGAUGUGUUUCGAAACAAAAUUUCGGCGCCAUAUUUUGAGCGUUAGUGUAUAUUUAACUCUAAUUAUUUUGGUGAGAGGAAUUACGUUUGAACAAGAUAUUAAUUUAAGCAUGGACCAGAAGAAACUUUUGGAUAAGUUUAAACAACGAGUAAUUGAUCGGCUGCCUCAUGAGUAUAUGAAGAAGGAAAUUUAUCUUAUCAAAUGGCUCCGAUCUAGUGAUUUUCAACUGGAUACAGCAGAAGAUAGGUUAAUUCGGAAUUUGAGAUGGAGGCAAGAGCAAAGAAUGGAUACGAUUCACACCGAAGAUUUUUCGGAUAUGUGGAAGAAUGACUUCCGGUAUUACACCGAAGGUCGAGACAAGCUGGGACGACCAUUCGUUUUAGUAGAAAUCAAAGACAUGGAUCCCAGAAGAUUCAUCAUACAAGGAAAAGGUGAAAGAUUAGUCCGAUACUUGGACAAGGGGUUUGACGAGGUGUGUGGCUUGGUGCGAGAAUUGGGAGAAAAAUGGAAUAAUAUGACUCGCGUGAACGUUUUGGUCAAUGCCGAUGGGUUCAAUGUUGUCCAACAUGCCUGCAUUCCAUGCAUACCCAUCAUGCUGCGUCAUAUAUUUAGCUUUGUGGAGCAUUUUCCCGAGUGUGCAGAUAAAUUUAUAUUUGUCAAUUGUCCGAGAACAGUUGAACAAAUAUUGAGUAUUGGAAAAGCAGUAGUAACGGAGGAAAUGCAGAAUAGUAUUUUCAUUUACGGGAAGGAUAAGAAGAUUUGGAUGCAAGGUUUGAGCCAAGACUUUGAUAAAGAUCAACUCCCACCAUCGCUGGGAGGCAUAAAAAUUUAUAAAGGGAUGCAGCUUGAUGAUUGAGAAAAUUAUGUUUUAAUUUAAUUUAUAGUGAAUGGUAUGAAAUUGUAAUAAGAAUACGAUUUUGCACAAAGUAAA